AUGAGCAACAUGAUCUAUGAAGAUCCAAGGAGGAUCGAAGAAGAAGAUAUUGUUCAAGGAGUUUCAAGAUCGAUGUUAGCAGCUAAAAAAUUCUCCGAGGAAGAAGAUUCUUCAUCUUGCUCAUUGUCUUCCAUGUGUUCUUCAUCUGAUUUAACAGACGAUGAUGAUGAUGCUUCUUCAUCUUCUUCAAAUGGGCCUCUUGAAGAUCUCUCUGACCUCAUGUCACACCUCCCAAUCAAGAGGGGAUUGUCAAAGUUUUAUGAAGGAAAAUCUCAAUCAUUCACAUCACUAGCAAAUGUGAAAAGCCUUGAAGAUCUUAUGAAGAGAGGUUUUAAAGAUAGAAAUUAUGGAGCAAGAAGAAAAGCAUGUAGGAGCACCGGAGGGAUAUUAGAACAAAGCUACAAAAGAGUUUAUAACCCAAAAGCUACAAUCUCCAAGAAAUCCUCAAGAACACCUUCUUCUGCACUCUCUUGUCUAGCCAGAAGAAGACAUUAG